CUUGCUGUGACGGCUUCCCCUGCAGGGCUCGUGGGACACCAUGCGUCUCCCAUCACCAAACUCUACCACCACGUGGAUCAGAAGAUGAGCUGGACUGAUGCUCAGCGAUACUGCAGGGAGCAGUUUCAUGACCUGGCGACCAUAGACAACCGGGAAGACCUAGAGCGGCUGCAAGCGUCCAGAAAAGGGUCCGAUUAUGACAUUGACAUCGCAUGGAUCGGACUUUAUGAUGACCGCACCAGAUGGCAGUGGUCCCACGGCAACCAAGACUACAAAAUGGGUCAAGACUAUGACAAUUGGGCCGGAGAUCAACCAAACAACGUAGACGCCAAACAGAACUGUACAGUGAUUAUGCCCCAAACAGGGGAAUGGUCCGAUAGGAGAUGCACUGAUCUGGCCUGUCCUGUCUGCAUUAAUGCUGCGGGCAACUACAUCUAUGUCCAAGAAAAAAUGACCUGGUACAAGGCGAGGGAAUACUGCGUGUCUCACCACACUGAGUUGGCAAUUGUGAGAGACGCGACAGAGAACAGCAAAAUCUAUGCAUUGAUGAAUUCAAACGCAUGGAUCGGGCUCCACAGAAAUCCAUGGUCCCACUGGUCUGACGGGAGUAGAACCACUUACCUUAAUUGGGAAACAGGCCAGCCAAUAAAUUAUGGAGGCAAGCAAAAUUGUGCUGCAAUGAUUUUUAUUACAGCAGAUUAUAGAGAUAAAAAUUGCCAGGAUUUAUUUUACGUCGCCUGUCAGGAACUGCAGAAACAACGCUCAACCUUUAGGAUAAAGAUCAGCACUGAGACAGACAUGACCAAUCCGGAGGUUCAACGCCAGUUUGUUGAACAGCUCUCUGCCAAAAUGGCCAAGGAAGGAGUGACUGGCAUGCAAAUCCAUUGGAUUGUGAAGGACGGACAGGACCAGAAGAGUAAGAAAUGAAGAGCUCUUUGAGUUAGAACAGUGGUUCUCCAACUUUUCU